AUGGGUGCCAAUUGUACCAGUAUUUAUAAUAAUAAUCAUGAUGGUAAUAAUCAACAUAAACAACAAAAAAUUCGUAAAAAACGACAUGAAAAACAACAAGAACAACAACUAAUUGAACAAUUACGUUCAGUUGAUAGUGGACAACGGCAAUCACCAAUCAAUAUUGACACAGCAAUUGUUCAUUUGAAUUCCGAACUAAAUGAUUUGAAACGAACAAAAUGUUUGAAUAUUGUUUAUCCAAAAUUAAUGUCCAAUCUAAUUAUACAGAAUACUGGUUAUGGUUGGAAAUUAGAUAUACCGGAAAUGAUUGCAGCUAAAACAGAAUUGAUUGGUGGCCCAUUAAAAGGACAUAUUUAUCGUAUGUGGCAAUUUCAUUGUCAUUGGGGACCAAAUAUAAAUGUUGGUUCUGAACAUACAGUGAAUAAACGUAGCUAUUCAGCUGAACUUCAUUUUGUUCAUUGGAACACAUCAUUAUAUAAUGAUCCAAAUAUAGCAUUAUCACAGCCAACUGGUUUAGCCGUUGUUGCCGUAUUUAUUGAUAUUGGUUAUCAAAUAAAUGAUGGCUUAGAAAAAAUAUUACGACAAAUCGAUACUAUACAAUAUAAAGGUGAUAAACGUAUGGUUAAUGAACCGAUUGAUAUUGAAAAAUUAAUACCAACAAAUCGUUCAUAUUGGACAUAUCAAGGUUCAUUGACAACGCCACCAUUAUUUGAAUCAGUUACAUGGAUCAUUUAUACAACACCAAUUUAUGGUACACAUGAACAGAUUGCCAAAUUUCGUAAAUUAUUCUAUUCAAGUGAAAUUGAGGCAAAUUUUGGUGGAUAUCUUGUUGAAAAUUAUCGCCAUACACAGCCAUUAAAUGGACGUAUUGUUAAAUUUUUUCGUGAUCCAAAUUCAUUAUUAUCAUCAUCAUCAUCAAUGAUGAGAUUGAUAAACAAUAAUAAUAAUAAUAAUAAUAAUCAAUCAUUGUCAAGGGAAAUGAUAAAUUCCAAUCCAGUUGCAUCAUCAUCGACAAUGAUGAAUAAUCGAAAUAAUAGAAUUGUACAUAAUAAUGUAGCACAAUUCUUGAAUCAAAAUAACAAUAGCAAUGGCCGACAGAAUAAUUAUAACAAUCAACAAAAUAGAAUGAUGAUGAUACGACGACAGCGACAACAUCAACUACAUUCAAAUCAAUCGAGAUGA